AUGUUAUGCAACAAUCCCGAGUUAUUCUCGCCUACAUCUAAUACAUCUUGCUCAUCGGAUGAAAUGGCCGGCAUCAAAUCAAGCACAUUACCAUCACCAUUCUCAACCUCAUUGCCAUCAUCCUCUCUAAGCAGUUUAUCAGCUAAAGAACGUCGGGUUUUACGCACUCCCAAAUGUGCCCGUUGUCGGAAUCAUGGUGUCAUAAGUUCCAUUAAGGGUCACAAGAGGUUAUGCCGCUGGCGUGAAUGCACUUGCCAAAAUUGCCAAUUGGUGGUCGAUCGCCAAAGAGUUAUGGCCGCUCAGGUGGCUCUAAGACGUCAACAAACAUCCUUAGUGGAUGAGGCAGCAUCAUCAUAUGAAACUCAUUCGGAUGAUAGUUCAUGCACUCAAAACGGCUCUACCCAACAACAGUUGCAGUCUUCGGUGAUUCAGCGCACCCAACAGGCUUUGAUAACACAAAAGAAAAUCUACAAGCAACGUUUGCGGAAUGUCCAACAAUCCACCUUGUAUGCCAAUGCGGCCAUGGAAAAAUACAAUCAACAUAUGUCCGCUUGGAAUUCACCCUUGGUGGAGCGUAUACGCAAACGCAAAGCGUUUGCUGAUCCUGAAUUAAAUCAAGUCAAUGAUGUUACCUUAUUGAAUGCAGCUGUUGUCAGUCACAUAACACAACCAGCACCAUCUAUGUUAUAUGAAUACGAAACUCCCUAUAUUUUAUCGUAUCCUUCCAACCCGGUGUCUUCAUUUCCCCUCCUCAAUACCAACUUUAUAACACUACCAUUUGAAUCCACUCCGGCUCAAAAUCUCUCCUCAACAAAAACUGAAACUCCCCACACGGUCGUUAGCAAAAAACCUAAAUUAAGUUUUUCAAUAGAGGCCAUAAUGGGCAUGAAUUAAUAC